UUGUACAAAUAUGGCGCGCAUGGCAGGAACAGCUAUGGUAGGAACACGUUCUCAUGCGGAAUCCAGUGUCAAUGAGCGACGACUACGCCCGGUUUACGAUUACUUGGACAAUGGCAACUACAAGAAGGCACUGCAAGAAGCUGACAAACUCCUUAAGAAGCAAAAGGAUUUUGCCUGUGCCAAGGCACUUAAAGCUUUGGCACUCAUCCGAAUGGCACGCAACGACGAAGGACUCGUCGUGCUGCAAGGCCUCUUGGCUGAGGCUCCAACAGACGACCAUACUCUCCAGGCUAUGACGAUCUGCUACAGAGAUCUCGAGAAGCCUGAACUGGUCGUCGAGGUUUACGAACGUGCCACGCAGAAGGAGACGCAGAACGAGGAGCUUCUUUCGCACUUGUUCAUGGCAUAUGUCCGUGUUGGAGACUACAAGAAACAGCGAAAGACAGCAAUGGCUUUGCAUAAGCUGAAGCAUAACAAUCCUUACUACUUUUGGGCUGUGAUGAGCAUAGUAAUGGAGGCAAGCGUAGAAGCAGGGGAAGUGGAGCGAGGUACCUUGCUCUUGCUUGCCGAGAGAAUGGUGGACAAGCUCAUCAAAGAGGAGCGCAUGGAAGCUGAAGCUGAGGUCCAGCUGUAUAUUAUGAUUCUGGAGAUGCAAGGCAAGUUUCAGGAGGCCCUCAAUGCACUAGAUGGACCUUUAGGAGAGAGCCUCGCCUCGUAUCAAGACUUCCUUCCUCAACGCAAGGUAGCCCUCCUCAAGCGUCUGGGACGCUGGCCCGAAGUGAAUUUGUUAUGCAAAGCGCAACUCCUGAGGAACCCAGACCAGUGGUGCUUCCUGGAAGAGUACCUUCAAAGUGUUCAAGAGCUGAAGAGUGCGGCUUGGACGCCCGAGAGCAUGAAUGACAAGGUGCUGGAUCCGUGUCCAGACCACACACUAGAAAUGGCGCUGCAUUUCUUGGACUCGUUAGCCACGGAGAGCGGUCAUGUGACCAGGGGACCGUACCUGGCCAGAGUACAAGCUGCUCUUCAAAACGACCAAGCCCCGAAAGCAUUAGAUCUGGUAGUAGAGUUUUUUGAAAAAGUUGCCCACAAGCCUUCAUGUGCUCUAGAUCUGUCCCAUCUGCUCACGACUAACCCGUUCUCGAGUCAAGACAUUAUCCAGCUCCUUAGCAGAAUGGAAGACUCAUUAAAGACAGCUCACCCCAGCGACUGGCAACAACCUCCCGAUGUAAACAGCAUGCAACGUCACCUCUGCCUCUGCCAACUCAAACAUUAUGUUGGGAACCAGACGGCCUCCUUGUCUUCAGACGAACAGUGGCAGCUAGCCCAAGACUUGUUGUCGAGCUACCGAAAUGGGCUGCGCUUUGGGGAGAACUUGUUGCCAACAGAUUUCCAGCCUGCUGACAAUUACGUGAUCUUAUCAGCCGAGGUCCUCAUAGAAUUGUGGAAAAGCACAGGUGAAUGCAGGUGGGCACUUCGCCUCCUCGCACACCUAGAGCAGGCCCUCCAGCAAAGCCCUUACAGUUUUCAAAUAAAGCUGCUCUUGUUGAAGGUGUACUCGGCCAUGGGAGCUGUGGGUCCGUGCUCUAAAAUGGGUGACAGCUUAGAUCUCAAACACAUUCAGCAUGAUACCUUAGGAUAUCUUGUCUGUCCUAGUCUCCUGCGGUCGGGUCACUGGCAAGCAGCUAGUGCUUACAUGAGCAAUGCCCUCAAGCUAUACACGGGAAACUCAAAGGAUACAACAGACUACUUGAUAUCUUGUUACAAGUAUGGCUCUUUUACGAAGAUUCAAGAAAUCCUCAAGUUUCGUGAGCGCCUCAACAACUCCCUGCAGUUUGCUCUGCUGACUGCUGAAAAGAUGAUAUUGGAAGUUAUUACAGAAUCUAAAAGUCCGGAUGGUACGCAUCAUGUAAUUAGCAGCAUGGAAAUUGACCCUGUAAGAGAUGAAACUGCCUGGCAGGACCUGACAGACAACAGGGAUGUACGUGUGUUCAGAGAAUGGAGCGCUAGUCACAGGGAGAUGAUGGAAGAUGCGCUUGCCAAAACCCGCAAGGAUGAGGUGACAUGGCUACAAGUGCGUAACUUAUUGCUGCGGGCAGUGGCGGCAUGCUAUGCUCUUGCCCCUCCCGUGCCCUUGGCUUUUCGUAAUUGUUACGGGGACGGGCAGUCCAACGGGGACGACCGGGCUUCCGGUGUGAACCAAAUGCUGGAGUUAACUGCGUCAUUAUGCAAGAUUGCAAGAGGUGUGGACACCCACAAGACCCCCGGUACAAGUUUCCCCAUCCAGUGCCCAGCUCCCAGCCGUCUGGAGCUGUUUGCUGCAGGGCAUUGCCUAGAUACCCUCGUAGUCUUACUGCAGUGGAGUGCGACCAUUUACAAAGCAAUUGCUUUUGAUGACUCAAAGUCAGACAUGGGAAAAGAACAGCUUGUCCUAGCAGUGGAAGGUCUGGUUCCUCGCCUGAAGAGCAAAAGCACAUGCAGCCUUUUGCACAUGCAGCAAUUUCUUGAGGAGUUAAGUAAUAUAACUGAGGUGCUGAGUUGGGGCGCAGUUUUCCUCAACUGUGUACAUACCUGGUUGAAGCCUCUCAAGCACUCUGUGAACAAGAAAGCAAAGAGGAAAAGGGAGUCUGCAGCUCAGGACGCUUGCUUAGAACAGUACGGAGAUGUGCUGGCCAUUGUGGAAAAUGCCACAGCAGAAGUGAAGACUGUCAUGAAAGAGACAGAAGUGGCCAUUACCUCAACCGUGCUGUCCAGGCUUCACCUGCAGGAACAGGAGGAUGAAGUCGUACAAGGUACAGAAUUGGUGCAUCAGAAGGUAGAGCAGAGUUACAAGGACACGCUGCAGGAGUUGUCAGCUGUACUCGAUUCGAAAGCCCGACUGCUGAAAAACAUACACCUCUAGUGAUACGCCUCUCAUAUCUUCAAUCGGAUCCUGCAGAAGCAGGACAGGGCUGAUGUUCUGGCUACGAGGAACGCUGUUCUCCACUAGUUGAGCGUCCAGUGACAGCUGUGGUGGCAGAACAUGACCUGUUGUGUAUUUUCCUUGUGAACCUCUGCGCUCGAUCAAGUGCCUCUCUAGUGUGUGUGUGUGUGUGUCUCAUAGGUGGUGCAAGUGACUGAAGAACACAGCCUCGAUGAACAGCUAAUGUGCAACGGCAUACUACAUGUGUGGUCCUCAUUAAUUUUUUAUUUUCUUCUUCUUGUUUGGCAGAGACACUGCCUAGCAAAAUGUGAUAAGCAAGGCAAGAAGACAAAUAGCACAUGUACAUUAUGAGUGUCGUAUCAAAUGCGGAAAUUGGGCAUCUCUUACGCUGCUCUAGGUAGGCUUCCCGGACGGUCUCCCUCCUUGAUUCUUUUUAUGACGACAUAGAAUUUCUUAUUAUGUUGAUUGAUUACACACAGUUAUUUUGUGUUGAAACUACGGGAUGUUGUAAGUAUAGCGAAGGCUAGAAGAAUCUUUUACAAUAUAAUGUUGAGCAGAAAAUCCUUGUGGCUGCAGGCUGUCCUCAGCACCAAUUUGCUACGCUGUCCUAUUAAGUGAGGCAGGGCAAGAAUAAAAUGACAUAAUUUGUUUACAAACA